AUGGAGAAGGUCUAUGGGGUGAAACCUGAUGUUACUACCUUAGAUGAUGAUUUAAAGCAACUAAGGAGUGGUAAAUUCUCAAAAGAGGCGGUUGAUGAAAUAAAGAACUGGAUUUUUAGUAGCAUUCUGAAAGAAAGACCAGAAAAUUCCGAUUCUAGUCUUUUAGAGUUACUCAAAGAUGGCAGUGUUCUCUGUAAAGUUGCAAAUAAACUAGGAGAGCUAGAACAUGGAUUCUCGCCUAUAAAAUGGAAGGUAUCUAACAUGCCAUUUGUCCAAAUGGAACAAAUAUCGUUAUUCCUUGCGUUUAGCAGGCAGUACGGUGUACCAGAGGAUGAACUUUUCCAGACUGUUGAUCUUUUUGAGGAAAAAGAUCCGGCAAGUGUCUAUCAAGCAUUGAAAUCUCUGAGUAGAUAUGCUAACAAGAAACACCCAGAUAAGUUCCCAGUAUUGGGUCCACAGUUGACGGAGAAAAAGCCAAGGCCACCAGUAAAAGCUAAGCCUAAGCAUUUGCAAACUGAAUCUCCAGGUUGGAGUACUUAUGAAUACGGUUACAUGAAAGGGGCAUCCCAAAAAACAGAAAACAUAGUGUUUGGUCAGAAAAGAGAUAUCGCUUAA